UUCUAAUACAACUAAACAAAAAGAAAAAUCACCAAAAUUUUUUGAAUUAGAAGAAGCUUUGACAAUUUGGAUUUCAAAUGCUUUAUUGACUAAUAAAACUAUAAUGGGAGAAAUCAUUACAGCCAAAGCUGCUGAUUUUGCAAAAUUAAUGAAUAUUGAAG